CUGAGACAGCAGAAGGUGCUGCUUGUUCUCCCACUGACAGAACACCAAAAAAAAAAAAAAAAAGACCCCAAGAAACCCUAAAAGAUUUACACUCCUCCGCGGUCCAAUUCCAGUGUCUCGUUUCAAGGAGGGUCCUCAGAAAGGAGAGAAGGGAGAAAGAGAGAAUAUUACCUAUUUUUUUUCCUUCUACUUCUUCUUCUUCUUUUUUUUUUUUUAAAUCAUCACAGUUUUCCUGAGAGUUUCCAGCGAUGUCUCUGAGAGGUGAUGUUUGCGUGGUGACGGGAGCCUGUGGAUUCCUGGGGAAGAGGCUCGUCCGGCUGCUGCUGGAAGAGGAGAAAGCGUCCGAGAUCCGGCUGCUGGACAGAGACGUGCAGACGCAGGUUUUGGAGAGUCUGGAGGACUGCAGAGGCGAGACAACACUGAGCGUCUUCGAGGGGGACAUCAGAGACGGGGAUUUCUUGAGAAAAGCCUUGCGUGGCGCAUCGACCGUCUUCCACAUCGCUUCCCUCAUCGACGUUACCGAGUCAAUGGAGUACAGUGAGAUGUACGGAGUCAACGUCAAAGGAACUCAGCUGCUUUUGGAGACGUGUAUCCAAGAGAACGUGGUCUCCUUCAUCUACACCAGCACGGUGGAAGUGAUGGGCCCAAACCCCCGAGGAGAGCCGAUCAUCAAUGGCACCGAGGACACGGUCUACGACACCACCCUGAAGUUCAACUACAGCAAGACCAAAAAGGAGGCGGAGGACAGAACCCUUCAGGCCGACGGUGAGACGCUCCAAAACGGAGGCCGCCUCUCCACCUGCGCCCUCAGGCCCACCUACAUCUACGGGGACGGCUGCCGCUUCCUGCUGUGCCACAUGGGCGACGGCAUACGAAACAAGAACGUCCUCUUCCGCAUGUCCGUGCCGGAGGCCCAUGUGAACCCGGUCUACGUGGGCAACGCAGCCUUUGCUCACCUCCAGGCGGCCCGCAGCCUCAAAGAUCCACAAAAAAGAAACGCGGUCGGAGGGAGGUUUUACUACCUCUCCGACGACACCCCGCCUAUGAGUUACUCGGACUUCAACCACGUUUUGAUGUCUCCCCUCGGCUUCAGCAUUCAGGACAAACUCGUGCUGCCGCUUCGCCUCUUCUACAUCCUGUGUUUUCUCCUGGAGGCGCUCUGCACGAUCCUGCGACCGUUUGUCCGCAUCGUGCCGCCGAUGAACCGGCAGCUGCUCACCUUGUUGAACACUUCGUUCACCUUCUCCUACGAGAAAGCCAAGCGGGACCUGGGCUACGUCCCCCGCUACAGCUGGGAGGAAGCGCGCCGACGCACCACCGAAUGGCUCGCCUCACAGCUGCCAGCGGAGAGGGAAAAAAUUAUGUCCAGCUAAUAAAUUACAGUCUUAAAACUGGAAAACACGUUCCAGAAUAACCCAAAACUGCAUGCAGUGGCUGAAGCUGCAGUGUGAAGGAGCUGCUCAGAAGUAAAUUAAUUACAUCUGGCUUAUUUUAAACACGCAGUCGCUCAAAUUAACUCACGCAAGGUCCUUCACCGUUAUUGGCACCCCUUGCAAAGAGGAACCCAAAAGCUUUAAAAUAGAUUGUGAAGGAGACUUGCUGACCUUUAAAAGCCACACGCUUGAUUUAUUUUCUUCUCUUCGCUCUUUCUUUUGGUUUCUCUCUUCAGUUCUUUCUCUAAAAUAAAUCAGUUCCAUUUGUUUUAGCCGUUAGAUUGUGCCAAUCAUUGUGAAAAAGCAAUUCAUGUAUUUUUUGUUGUUGUUAAAUAAUGUUAACCUCAGUUAAAUCUAAUUUACAGUAAUAGUUGGGAGGAGAUUCAUCACCAAUUAUUAGAAGUAUUUAUUUCCUAACACGCUCCGGCUCUGCUGCAUAAAAAUAACCAAAUUAAAAUGUGAAAUUUUCAGGGUAAAUUAUCUUUCUGCGACAAGAAGGACGUCACACGCCGUCUUUCACUGUGUAUGCGUAUCAAUAAAUACGUAGUGCUGUUUAAGUUGGGUGAUGAACAUCUAUGAAGAAUCAUGCACUUAAAAACAGAGUUUUAUUCCAGUUGUCAUUCUAAUAAAAGUAACAUGGAAUAUUAGUUUUUCUCAUGGUGCAUUUUCUGUUUUCCUCAUCAUUUUGGUGAAAGUCGGUCUUUGAUGGAUUUAUUCAUUUUCUUGUCAAAAUGUCUUUUUUAUUUAUUUUUUAUUUUUCUUGCCAUAUUGAGAUCAUUCAAAUGUGUAAACUGUUGUGUUGAUUGUGUUACACUAAUACUGGAAAAUAUUUACAGGGAAACAGUGACCCAAGUAUCCAAAAAUAUAACACAA